AUGGACUUCGCGAUAUUAAUAACCUCCUUUUAUUACCCACGAUGAGACUUGGUUAUUUCCCCGAUCCUGGUCCAUGGAAGAUCCCUCAAACUCGAGAAGUUGUCCUUCGGGACACGCUUGGGAUUGAGGCUCUUCCUCGACAACGCUUCAACAAGACAAAAAGAACUCCUUAUGUUCUUAAUAUUAUGGUUGUUGGCGAAAGUGGUCUUGGAAAAACUACUUUUAUGAAUACUCUGUUCAAUACACCCCUUAAAGAAGAAAUCCAUCCUAAAAAUCCCCAAUCCACACAAACUGUGGAAAUUAGUCCUGUACAUUAUGAAUUGGUUGAAGACGGUGUUACCCUUAAUCUUACCGUUGUUGAUACACCUGGAUUUGGUGACCAGCUUAAUCGUGAACACAACCUUGAUCCUAUUGUUGAGUAUAUUGAUAAUCAAUUCGAGGUUUAUCAUACUGCUGAACGUAGUCCCGAAUUUAGACGUGCCAUUCCAGAUACUCGCAUACAUGCCCUUCUAUACUUUAUUGCUCCAACCGGUCACGCCCUUAAAGAACUUGAUAUUAAGGCCCUUCAAGUUUUAUCCGCUAAAGUAAACGUAAUUCCAGUUAUCGCAAAAGCUGAUACUCUCACACAAGAAGAGAAAGCUGCAUUUAAGAAAACUAUAUUAAGAGAUAUUGAAGCUAAUGAUAUUAGAAUUUUCCCAACUGCAUAUCCAGACGAUCGGGAAAGCGUUGAAGACCUUGAGAAAUAUAUCCCGUUCACAGUAAUUGGCAGUGAUCAAUUUGUGGAUGUUGGUGGAAAAAAAGUACGAGGAAGAUCAUAUCGAUGGGGUAUUGUGGAAGUUGAAAAUGAACAACAUUGUGAUUUCAUUCAUCUUCGUGAACUUCUUAUGACACAUGCUCUUCAUGAUCUUCUUGAGACAAGCCAUACAGUGCAUUAUCAUAAUUAUCGUGCCCAAAAACUUCGUUCUAGUGGUCGUCCAGAAUCGAUUCUUGCUUGUGAUGAUUCUUAUGAACAUAGAAUUGAAAGAAGCAAACAAAGUAUGGCGGAAGAAAUGAUUAAGAAAGAAGAGGAAAUGCGGCAAACCUUUGUACUGAAAGUUAGAGAGAAAGAAGCAAACUUAAGAGAAAGGGAAGAACAGCUCAACCAACGUCGACAGCAACUCAUGGCAGAAUUAGAAGAACAACGCUUAGCGCUCGCAGCAGAAGAGCGUGAAUUCCAAGAGUUAUAUAAUGCCAAUCGAAGUGCAAG